GGAUGAAUAGCAAGCUGAUGAUGGAAACGGCUUCUCCUUUCUCGUGUCGAAAGUUGCGGAUCCCGAUGGCGUUGCUGGAGUUGGGGAUCGAAAAGUGAGUAUAGACGAAUCCAUCUGGUGACGCCGGUGAUGGGUUGUCGACAUGGCUGAACCAGGCAUCGAUCUUCAGCUUAUUUCAUUCAUCGUCGUAUUCUUCCCCAUGGCAGUGGCGGUGAAGAGAUAAUCUAAGGCCAGAAGCUCUGAUUGGGCUUCUCCUGCUUGCCCUGGUUUCUCUGCUUGUGUUUGUAGCUGAGUUACAAGGAGGGUGGGCUAAACAAGGCUACGGGGUUCGACACAAUAGCUGAUUUCAAGGCUGUAAACAAGAGUUAUCACCCUGUGGAGUUGAUCAGAAAGCUUCCAGUUUAAUGGGAAGGUUCAUUCAUCCAUUGUAUACAGGGAGUAUCCGAAAACAAUCCAAAAUAUUGUGGGCAUAGUGUCACAUCCCGCCAAACUUAAGCAAAAUUUUACCUUGAGCAUUCUAGGCGGGUCCGGAAUAUGGUGGAACCCUUUGGAAGAACCUAGAAGAUGUUAGAAGUCUCAAGAAGCCUUGGGACAUUUCCGGAAAUCUCUAGAACCUUGGAGAGGCUAGUGGAACUAGACUAUUCAAGAAUCCUCUAGAACACUCAAGGAUAAUCUCAAAGUCUUAUAGAUUUGGAUAGACUUAAGGAGAGUUAUCUAGAACUCUCUAGCCUUGUAGAUUUGGAUAGACUCAAGGAGAGUUAUCUAGAAUAUACAUAGUCCUAGAAGUAUCUAGAACUUGUAAAGUAGGAUGAGGAGGCCUAUAAAUAGCAAGGCACCCCUCUCAUUUACACCAUCAAGUAAUCAAGCAAGCUAUCAAGCAUACUUGUAAGUUCUCUCUUGUUCAAUAUAAGUUCUCUUUCGAGAUAUUCUUCUUUGCCUUUCAAUUGUUCUAGCAGGGCAUUUGCGAGAGUAAGGCUGACUUAGCAUAAGGGAGCUGCUAAGGCCGCACGAGUUGCAUAGCAAAAGAGUAAGCUCGUGACAGUUGGUAUCAGAGCCGAAGUUCGAUCAAGAGGCUAGCUCGACACAAUGGCAAAGAACGGCAAUCCUGUUGGUAGUGUUUCCGACGACACGCAAGAGAAGGGUCAUGAAGAACUUGUCAACCCGACGGUUCCAAAGAAGGAACGAAUGAAGGACAUACUAGCUGCAAUCGACUCACGACUAACCCAAGUGGAAGAGAGCGUGAGUGGCAUGGGAGCCCAGGUGGAAGACUUGGAGGCAGAGGACGCCGCAAUCCACACUGCGAUCAAGGGCAUGAUGCUCAAGCUAGAAGAGUCCUUGCAAGGCGAGAUAGACAAGGUUCGCGAGGAGUUCAUGGGGGAACUCGCCCGGAUGCGUGAAGUUCAAGAAAGGGAGCACAAUAGCAUGCUUGCACGCAUGGAGGAGAUGCAGGCAGAUUCUGCACGCAUGGAAGCUAUGCAGGCAGACCUUGCCCUAUGCAAGCGCACACUAGCCGCGGGGGCUAGCACCAGCAGCAGCAUAGAGGCCAAGCGGAUCGAGGCGCCAAAGCCAAAGAGCUUCGGAGGCAUGCGCAACGCUCGAGAAGUAGACAACUUCUUAUGGGGGCUAGAUCAAUACUUUGGGGCCGUAGGCAUCAUGGAGGAAGAUGCCAAGAUAAAGACCGCGUCUCUUUAUCUCACCGACACCGCCAUGUUAUGGUGGAGGAGAAGGCGAGGAGAUGUCGAAAGAGGUACGUGCACCAUCUCUACCUUUGAUGACUUUGUGAAAGAGCUUAAGAAGCAGUUUUAUCCCGAGAAUGCCGAGGAUGAGGCAAGAGCUCGCUUGCGAAGGCUCAAGCACACCGGGCCAAUUUGUGAUUAUGUUAGAGAAUUCACUAACUUGGUGCUUGAGAUUCCCGACCUAUCCGACAAGGAUGCUCUCUUCAACUUCAUGGAUGGUCUCCAAUCAUGGACCAAGACGGAGCUAAGGCGACGAGGAGUGCAAGACCUUGCUACUGCCAUAGCCGUGGCCGAAAGCUUAGUUGAUUUCUCAAGUCCAAGAGAGUCCACCAAGCCCAAGGAGAAGAGGAGCAGCUAUGCCAAAGGAUAA